AUGUUUGUAGGGUGGAUUUUCUUGCAGAUUUUGGCGUUUGCUAACUGUGUUAGCGACGAGGAUUUCUUUCCUUUUGGUGAAAGUGCUGGUGAUUUGAAAUUGCCUGCCAGAAAACAUGCUUUUGGAAAAGUGCUUAUGCUCAAUGGUACCUACUCAUUUUACAAUACAGGCCACAAACAGCUUCAGGUAAAUCCGUUCACUGAUCAUUUGCACGAAUAACAGCCUGAAAAACACUAAUGCUAUUAAGAUGAUAGUUUAUGCUCAAGAAUUUUGAUUUCAGGUAUUUCGAGUUACACCAUAAAGACAAUUUUGGAAAAGUGUCAUGUGUUUUGCAGGUUUGACUCUCACCAUGUGCAAAUCAUUUACUCGGCUUAUGAGGGCUUAUCUUCGAGCCAAUUGUCUCACAAUUCUCCUUAAUUAUCGUUAUGUGUAGUUUAAGUCGUUGGCUUUAACUAAUUCUAUUUCGCUCUAAAGGAGCUUAGUUUUCUUGCGCUUGUGUUUCUAAAGAGCUGUUUUGUGUUAAAGAUUGCUGUAAUACCAUUCAGUCUUUCUUUGACAAGCCGUCAAACGUUUAAGUGGAAAAUCAAACAUUGCAAAACGGCUCGUAUCCAAGGCUCGUAUCUGCAUUUUUGUAAAAAAGUGACUAUUAAUUUUGCCUGCUUGGUUUUUCUUUCUUUGAAAACUUUAAUGGUUGCCCCUCGAACUUGCGAUUCAACAUCCUCAUCUAAAAAGACACUAUCACCGUACCCAUAGCAAAUUUCGCAAGUGUGAUGGAUAACAACCUUUCACCUAUCUUUUAUACAAUUGCAAUUCCAACAAUCCUCUGUUAUCACAAUUAUCAUGAAUUAUGACAACUUGAGCUUAAACAUCCAUUUACAAAAAAUGCGAAAACCCAAAUUAUGACAGAUUUGACGUUAUCUAAAAAACGCAACAUUUUUAUCACUGAAAAAUGCUGGGGGUACGUAUUUCUCGAAUACAACCCGACAUCAGUUAAUCGUCAAUUGACUUUAGCUCUGUUGCUGGUGGGUGGUCUGUUUUGGCGGAAAUGCGGUCUGGCAGUCGUUUGCCGAUUCCCUUUGAUCGAUAAGGUGGAAUAUAACCCAGUGAAAAGCUUUAAACAAAGUGCAAAGUCUCGAAAAGGACGAGGAGUGUUGUAAAAAAUGUGUGAAGAAUAAGAGACCUUUCGAUUCUAAGACGAGGAUGACUACGAGAAUGAGAUUUCCUCAAUACUUAGUAGUGCACACGUGCGAACCCGCGUCAUUUUGGCGGGAAAACGCGAGGGCCGUCCUCAUUCUACUUCUGGUAUUAGCGAAAAUGUCACAGAAGUGACGGAAACAAGUUAUGAAAUGUUAAAAGUUUUACUAUUUUUCGAUGGGGAGAAAGCUUAUUAUUAUCUCCAUCAUGAGGCAAAUCGGCUGCUACCUCCUUCAGUGAAAUAACAGUGUUAACUUUUCUGGUGAAAAAAGUAACAUGAGGCUUUCCCAGAUUGCCCCUAUGUUUUGAGCAUACGUCAAAAAACUUUAAUUCAAAUCUCGUUCACGUAGUGAAGUCGUUAUCGUUCUCGAAUCUUAAGGUCGCUAUAACUAUAAAUGAUAUUAAAGUCCUCCGGUUGUUUCUACUUCUCAGCAAAAGAAAUCUCACUUAACUUAACGAAAAGAGCAAACGCAUGGGAAUGCUCAUCUUUCACGGGCUUUCAUGGCUCUCUGGAAUCUUUCCCCGGGAAUCUUUCACGAUGUUUAAGGUUUUUUUUCGUAACGUGUACGUUAUGAGACGUGAAAAAGUUGUCUCCGCACUCUGUCUUUUCUACCCAACUGAAUGAGAAUAAGUUUCAAGAAGAAAAGUGAUCCUGUACUUGGUUUUCUUACUCAAUUCAAGGCGCAGUAUAUAGACCUUAUUCCGUAAUAAAAAGAGUAGCUGCCUUGCCCCAUGUAAGGAAAUCCAAGACAGUCUUGGAUUGUGGUUUCUACGCCAUGGAUUCCGGAUUCCAGGUAUUAGAUUCCAGUCUUUGUUAGUGGAACUUGGAUUCUGGAUUUCAAUCGUUAGUGGGAUUCUGGAUUCCUUACGCUAUAUUCCGGAUUCCAAAGCCCAGAAUUCCACUUUCCAGAAGCAAAAUUUCCCGGAUUCCGGAUUCUACAGGCAAAAUCUCCCCGACCUCGGAAUCCAGAUUCCCUUCCACGGGGCGAAAUGCCAAUAAUUUACCAUUAUUUUACUUUAGGCACUGCAGCAUCGGCAACACUGUCCGACAUACAGUCUUCAGCGGGCAUAAGCGCUUUAGUGCCUUCGAUAUCGAUGGAGGCAUCUCUCUGUAUGUGUAUUUUCAUAUCGGAAUCCGUCCAGUGAUGAACUCUCGAUCAGCUGAAUGAUCUAUCCCUCGUACUCCUUUUAUCCCAUUGAAAGAGUGUCUGGCUCCGCCUUCUUCUUCAGUUUGCCAGGAUUGAAGACCUAGAGAAAAAAAUAUCUGUUAGAUUGUUGGGGUAGCAGAAGUAUUUAACUCGGCUGGCGAUAUGCGUAGUGCUGUCUCCUCUCCUUUUAGGAUUUCUUUGUUAGCCUUUGGUUUACAGUCUUUUCCCAAAGGAGGCGCUUUCUUUUACCAUUUUUGUUGUCUAUGACGUUUUAAAAGAUUACUUAUGGCACUUUAUCAACGUGUGGAAUCUGUUUUCUUUGGCGGCCAUUUUGAUAAGAACUGUUCCAGACCGGUCUCCAGACCCCAAAUAUUUCUUGUUUCCAGGCCUCGGACCAGCCGACCGCAACAUUCAAAAUGGCCGCCAAAGAAAACAAAUUCCACGCAAGGAUAAGGUAAGUAAUGUUUAUUUAAAUUGUAUAUAAUCUGUUCGGAUGAGUCGCCCAGUUUAUUUUGUCAAAAGUAACCCUUUCAGAAUUUAAGGAGGGUGAAUUUACUGCCAGAGCGCACACUCGGUGAGUUUUCACACUAUAGGAUUUUGUUCACAGACUCAAACGUUAGACUUAAACUCUUCAGCACGAGACAUGGUUCUCUCUGGGAAUUAAAAGUAUUAUAUGGCAGAGAAACACUCCAGCACGAGGUAAAAAGUCUCUCCGUUGAUGGAAUUUACAUUAUGCAUUCCUUUCAAGAACGUUUUGUUUAUAGUUCAUUAGGAAAAUGGGUUCUUGUCAACCGCGGUUGGGUCGGAAAAGUUAUUCUGUUAUGGUUCAAUUUCCUUGGUUUAAAUUUUACGUCCCUUUGUUCUACCCAAAACAAAGGAGAAGAAAAUGAUUUAAACCAAGAAUAGGAUUGAACCACAACAUAUACAUUUGGUAUUGAAACGUGAGUUGUAAUGUUCGACAAAAUAUGCGAAGGAUUUUGAGCUGAUAAAUCCACUGAGCAAACAAGGCGUGUUUAGUUUAUUUGUAAAUACUUGACCCUGGUUCCAUUAAAAACGAAAGAGGUAAAAUGAGGUUAAUAAGACUGCAUUCUAGGCAUAUUCUAUCAUCUAUGUCUUGACUUUUAGGUUGUAGAGGAUAAUUAAGAAAGAUGUCUUCUUUAGUUUGUUGCAUACUAAAAGCCAGCGACAAGAGGCACGUUGGUGAAUUUUUGUUUUAUAUGAUUAUGAAUUUUUGGAUCUUCUGUUUUUCUCCAUACACUGUUGCAUACAAAUCCAGGGAGAAAAUGUUCUAGUCUUUAUUCAAACUCUCAAGGUAUUCGAAAUAACGUGCAGUCUCUUGCGUGCAGUUGGCAUUCGUUACUGUUACAGGAACCGAAAUCUCAACUCUUUAUUGCAGUCUCACGGGAAACGAUCGACAGAACCAAAUAUUGCAAAUUUUGUUUUAUGACUAAAGCCAACAUUUACCAUACAUGUAAUAAAAACAAUUAAAAGAGUAUUUCUUUGCUAGAUGAUUUUAACAGUUGGUUCUUCGGUUUUCAGGUGUAUGGUGAUGGCAUUAUCACCCUUGGAAAAAGCUCUCUCUCGCACACUGCAUUGAAACACAGAAAGUUUCCAUUUCCACCCAACACGCCUUCUGUUGCUGUUUUCUACGCACCAAUUGAAGUUGGAAAACUCAGUGAAGUAUUUCACAGAGAAACUAGGAACGAAAGCGUCUUAAAGAAGGCAACAGAUCACGUGAGAUGGAGUUUUACCCGGGAACAAGAUUUUGUGGCGUCCAGUGUUUUUAUCGCCACGUGGAAGAAUGUGAUCCACGCUGAUAACAGGCUUCCUAGCAAGGUAUCGUAAGGGGUCGUUUUAGACACUCAAGUUGAUUAAGGCUAAGCGCUUGCCACAAAGGUUCUGGGACUUUUACGCUUCAUUUGAGGGCAGUGCCUGCGAGACCACCUUUUAUCCCUCGGCACAUGCUUGAAGAGGCGAGAAGUCAUGUAAUAAUCGUACACUUCAGAGCCGGGGUGCAGCAUUCGUAGCCCUCACUUAGUACACUGUGCGCAGAUAACGUAAACAAAAAAAACAGAACAAAACAAAACAAAGCAAGCAAACAAACAAACAAAACAAACAUUGUUUUCUGUCCAUGUUUUUAGGCUAUGAAAUUGUGGGAUGCGAUAUGGUGCCAUUUUGUUUGUUACUUUGUAAGGGUCACAGUACACUGAAAUGUUUGAAACGUGUUAGCUUUGAGAGAUCAACUUUAAUUUUGAAUUCACAAUCUGAAAACAACCCAGAGAAUAUAAGCGCUUUUUAUGCGACAAUAGUAGCCUCCCAUGCAGACGUUCUUCGUCACGAGUUACUUUCACAUAAAGGGGAGGGUAACGUAACGAGCCAAAAGAACGUCUGCUUGCGAGGCUACGAGGAAAGUGGAAGUAAAAGCCCUUCCCGGUAAACUGAAGAGUACGACAAGUCGACCAACCUAUUCUCAUUAGUCAUCGCUGUUCGUAGGUCUUUGUCGUAGAUGAGCUGAUAAUAUAAAGACCAGAGACAAUGUCAAAAAACUCAAGACAGGAAUGAUUUUACCAUGAACAUAACAACCUUAUCACAGGGUACCAGAGAGUGUUGUUUUUGGCGAGAGACUUGACCGAAACUGGGCUUGUCUCUCGAAAGGCCUGGAAACGUUUCGGGCACAAAGGCAAAUUUUAAAAUCAAAACCUGUUGGAUGGUUGCGCAGUUCCUAGCUUACAAACCAGUCAAUUUAGCUUCGUUAACUGUAAGUUACAUUGCAUCGUUUUCGAAAUUAUUGUAAAUUAUUGACAGCUUUCCGGGCCAGAAAAGUUAGCCGGACUUUCGAUACCAAGCACCCUAGAAUUCCGCGCAUAAAAAGUUGCUUGUACGCAGGGUAAUGAUUGUUUCGAAGUAGUUUAAAAGGUUUUUUUCAUCGUUUGAGGGCUUGUAUCUCUCCCUUGGUGAUGAAAAGCCCGUUAACAAGAGAUAAUUUAAUCUCCUAGAGUAACACUUUUCAAGUAGUGCUUAUAACAGACGGACAAAGAACAUUCAGCUUGUUCAACUACAAAGACAAUGGCUUGCAGUGGAUAAAAGGAUACCAUGUUCAGUAUCAGGGCUUCAGAUUUUUCGACGCACAAGUCGGCUUUAGUGCUGGUGACCAAGUAAGGUAA